AUGGCCGAGGCCCCAGUACGAGAGGUAGUGACAGGCCCCGUAUGCCACAUGUACCUCCUUAGAUCUUACCUGUGGGAUUGGCCAUUUGGAGACAGGGACUGGCGGGCCACCUCUGUCUACGUGGCUGAUGGGAAAGGUACACCUGGCCCAGGUGUGACCAACCCGCUGGCCAUGUGUCCCCCAUCACGGAGUUCUGGGAGGCGGCCCAACACCUCUGAGCCGCUGCUCGCCUGGACCUCUCUCUGGGCUUUACACGUGGCGCGAGUCCGCGUGCGCCGGCGCCCAGGAGGGCCCCACCUGGACCCGAGGGCGGCAGGGCGGGGAGCGCCACCCCUGGGGCAGCUCCCAGUCACUUUACCCUCUGCUGGCCCAGCGCUCACGGGCUCUCCCUCCCCUAGGAACAAAGUCUUGCGGCUCUCCGAGGGGUUGGAGGUGCCAGGGGCCCUCAACUGGGAGGUGACCCUGUGUCUGCUGGCCUGCUGGGUGCUGGUCUACUUCUGCGUCUGGAAGGGGGUCAAGUCCACAGGAAAGAUCGUGUACUUCACCGCAACAUUCCCCUACGUGGUCCUCGUCGUGCUCCUGGUGCGUGGCGUGCUGCUGCCCGGCGCCUUGGACGGCAUCAUCUACUAUCUCAAGCCUGACUGGUCGAAGCUGGGGUCCCCUCAGGUGUGGAUAGAUGCCGGGACCCAGAUUUUCUUCUCCUAUGCCAUCGGCCUGGGGGCCCUGACGGCGCUGGGCAGCUACAACCGUUUCAACAACAACUGUUACAAGGACGCCAUCAUCCUGGCUCUCAUCAACAGCGGCACCAGCUUCUUCGCUGGCUUCGUGGUCUUCUCCAUCUUGGGCUUCAUGGCCGCAGAGCAGGGCGUGCACAUCUCCAAGGUGGCGGAGUCAGGGCCAGGCCUGGCCUUUAUCGCCUACCCCAGGGCCGUCACGCUGAUGCCUGUGGCCCCCCUCUGGGCUGCCCUGUUUUUCUUCAUGCUGCUGCUGCUCGGCCUGGACAGCCAGUUUGUAGGUGUGGAAGGCUUCAUCACUGGCCUGCUCGACCUCCUCCCGGCCUCCUACUACUUCCGUUUCCAAAGGGAAAUCUCUGUGGCCCUCUGCUGUGCCCUCUGCUUUGUCAUCGACCUCUCCAUGGUGACCGAUGGCGGGAUGUAUGUCUUCCAGCUGUUUGACUACUACUCGGCCAGCGGCACGACCCUGCUCUGGCAGGCCUUUUGGGAGUGCGUGGUGGUCGCCUGGGUGUACGGAGCCGACAGGUUCAUGGAUGACGUGGCCUGCAUGAUCGGAUACCGACCUUGCCCCUGGAUGAAAUGGUGCUGGUCCUUCUUCACCCCACUGGUCUGCAUGGGCAUCUUCACCUUCAACGUGGUGUACUACAAGCCGCUGGUCUACAACAACACCUACGUGUACCCGUGGUGGGGCGAGGCCAUGGGCUGGGGCUUCGCGCUCUCCUCCAUGCUGUGUGUGCCCCUCCACCUCCUGGGCUGCCUCCUCAGAGCCAAGGGGACCAUGGCUGAGCGUUGGCAGCACCUGACGCAGCCUGUGUGGGGCCUCCACCACUUGGAGUAUAGAGCUCAGGACUCGGAUGUCAGGGGCCUGACCACCCUGACCCCAGUGUCCGAGAGCAGCAAGGUGGUGGUGGUGGAGAGCGUCAUGUGACAGGCGCCCUGGCUCCCAUCACCAGCUCACCCUCUUGUAGCCAUAGCAGCCCCUGCUUUAGCCCCCCCCCCACCCCUCCGGGGGGCUUGCCUUUCCCUGACACUUUUGGGGUCUGCCGGGGGGGGGG